AAUGCUCGAGCCAUAGGAAAGAGAAAAGCAUUGGAGCUCGAAAUUGGACGCGAACCGGCUGAAGCAAAGCCGCUACCCAGCCGAACGAACGACCGACCGAACACUCGAGACAAGCUCCGCAAGCCAAAUUCACUUGCACGACAGAGUCGACAGCGAGACGGGCCCGAAAGAGGGAGAGCGAGGGCGAGAGCGAGAGCGAGGAGGGAAUGCUCGCUGCGGACGAGGGACGGACUAAUCGCGCCGCAAGGGAUCGGCAGCCCUGUUCAGAGGCGAAUUCAAGAAGGGCGAAGAGAUUGAUGAUGGCUCGAUCUGGCAGCAAUUUGGGGUCUCGUUUGUGACUGACCUGGAGGAGUUUCAGCGCAUCGAGGUGUGCGUGCUCUCACUUGUGUGCGUGGCAUGGGCUGUGUCCUGUCGGAUGGUAGGACAGGGGUGAAGACGAGGAGGGGCCGCAUGGAGUGAUGGAGAUUAGGGAAAGUUUGAGUUUCGUUCGGGCCCGGUGGUGAGAAGAUGGUUUUCGACCUUCGAUGAUGAUUUGUUGGAGCAGGCGGGUCUUCUUUUUGUGAAUUUUCGCACUGCAGCUUCGUUCCAGGAGAGUGUCUUCAGUGGGCAGAGUUCUGUUGGGACUGACAAGAUGUGGCACGAGGCUCGCCGAUCGGAGAAAAAAGUCCAUGAGUUGAUGGAUGCCGCGAGGAAGAGGUCCGAACGAAGGGCACUCUUCCUCGCCAAAAGGCGGGGCGACCCUCACCAAUCAUUGCGCCUUGUUGGGACGCGCUGCCGUAUGCACCACGAUGCUGCCAUAUAUCAAGCGACUCAGGACCAACAAGGCUUGAUUCCUUGGAAUGGCAAGCAAACCAAUCUUAUCGACAGGUUUGAUGGUCGAGCACUUCUGGAUGUAAUUCGAGAGUAUGAUCCUCGGACACGCCCUGUCAGGGAGAAAACCGAAGAGGAAGAAGAGUUAGAUGAGCUGGUAAACUUCGAGCGUUAUCGAGACUUGAUCAAACAACGACGUCGUGGAUUCACCGAUGAACAGGGGCUUGAGGAUGUUGAACAGGAGCUGGAAACAAGAGCCAUAGCCCCUUUGUCCGCAGACAGGCAACGAGUAUUGCAGGCCACGUCAGGGAAAGGGGCGUAUGCCCAGGUUGCUUUCGCUUAUGAGGGAGAAGGCCGCGACGACAGUCAGACCUUGGACAGUGAUGACGAAGAAGAGGACGAAGAUGAAGAAGUGAGCAGCAGUGAAGACAGUGAGGAUGACGAGAUCGAGAACAUUGGGAAGGACCAUGGAGUGCAGCGGUUUAACUGGCUGGUUCAUCUGGAUAGAAAAGCCAAGGAAGAAGAGAAACGUCAGAAAGAGGCUGCCAAAGGAGACCCAGCGAUGAGAAAGCUGAGUCGGAAGGAGAGACGGAAAGCGUCGCAACAAGAAAGAGAAAGGGAGAAGGAAGCAGCAAGGCUUGCAACUAGAACAACAGUGUAUCAUGAUCCGUACAGAGAGCCUAGAGGAAGUCCGACAUACGAGGCUUACUCUCGUUCACGGAGGGACAGAGACAGGUCAAGAUCAAGAUCCCCAACACCAUCAGGGUCUCGGCGAUACGAUCGAUAUAGUGAGCGGAGCAGGGAUCGCGAUAAGAGGAGAAGAACUCGAGCAUCAACACCUAAAAUAGAGUACAUUACGGAAUUCGGUAUUGCAGAGGGAGAGCACGGUCUUGCUGGGGGGGGAGUCGCUCCGCCACCAUCACCUCCAUCUCAACUUGAAACAUUGAACCGGCAUCCCACAGGGCGCAUCCUUGAGGCACUUCAUGUAGAUCCAGCAGCAACAGCUGCAGCCUCUGGUGCCCUGACCUCUGAGUGGGAAAGAACUCACAGAGAAGUGAAGGUUCCAUCUACAAGCACUUCAUCAGUUUCUGCGAUUGCAAAGCUUAGCAAGCCAGCUCCUCCCUCGUCCACUCCAUCACAGAAAACUCAAUCUGGUGAAAAGAAGGAGACGCCACAGGAGCGGCUGAAGAGAAUCAUGAGCAAACAACUCAAUAAACAGAUCAAGAAAGACACUGUGACUGAAGCGGCAAAGCGACGCGAACAGGAGAGAGAAAGGCAGGAGAAGCUAGCAGAGACCCGGAGAAUCGCACAACGGAAGCACCACAGUCGAUCGGAUAGUCGAUCGCCUAGAAGGUUCUGAUUUGUUCUUGAAUCGUCUUCAAGGCCGAGUUCGUUUAUUUGGUAUCAUAGGAGCAGAAGUCGGAGUCCAUUAAGGUCUUAUCCUCGUUCGCCGUCCCGAUCUCGGAGCAGUCGGACAAGGAGCUGAAGAUAUCUCAAAUACAACCAUUGACCGACUUACAUCAAGCCUUUUUUUUGAUAAAGAAAUCACUGCUCGUGCAUGUGGUCUACAGUUGUCACUUUUACAUUACUCCAUCCCCUCUUAGACUGCAACGGAGUUCAAUAUCCACUCGAUUCAUAAACGCUAGUGCUUGCAAUAGGCAGUUUAAAGAAACGUUUUGGUGGCAUCUGAUAUGCCUGGUCUAAUAUGCCCCCAGGUUUCUCUGAAGGUUUUGAUAGAAACUGAACGUGGAUUAUUUUGUGUCUAGCAAAUCCACCGUCUCCAGUAGAUGUAGCUACGUUACUGUUAUUUAGGUUGUAGAGUAAAAAUGUUUGCUUUAGUUCUUACUCAGUUGUUAAGGCCUCGUGUUAGCAAUCUUCAUUCAGUACGAAAAAGAGUGAAGAAAAUCAAUGAAUGUGAAUACUUCAUAUUCUUCUGUACCUUCCCUGUUUGAUGAAG